UGGCAUGUGAACUGUCAGCUCAAUGUCAACAAAUAAAUGUCUUAAUGGUCUGCACGCUUAUUGAGCAUAAUGAGAGCAGUUUGAACUAUAAAUGCUUAUUUUAAGCUUAAAUCACGUUUGUGAAAAAUGCAUUCUUACCCGUUUUUGAAUGUUGUAAGGUAUUCAAAGGUGACUCGCACCUUUGCUAUUCGUACCAACAAUGUUCAUUACAUUCAAGGCAUCAGGUCCUUAUGGCUGAAACAAAGUGCAACAGAAUUGAAGCAGUCAACAACAUCUGGAACCAGUGCCAUUUCAAAAUAUUUAUCACUUAGAAAUAAGUUAUUAAUUAGAAUCAGACAAAGUGCAUUAAGAAAGUCAAACAUUUCAAGUCAAGAUAGUAGCAAAACUGUUUCCCUACUGACAAAGCUGUGCACAGUAUCUGGACUAACACUUGGAUAUGCAGCGCUAAAUGCAAAAACAUUAGAAUGUGAAACAAAGACUAAGAGCAGUCGUUUAGAUGGAAUCAAUAAUGAGCGACAAGUGAAUGAUGAUGUGCCGUUUGACUGGAAACAGUUUGCUCAGUUACUAUGGCAAGAUGUGCUUUCCCUCACUUUGGCAGUUCUGUGUGCAUUUGCUGCUGCCCUGGUGAACAUCAAGGUCCCUUUGCUGGUGGGGGAGGUGGUGAACGUUGUUUCCAAGUUUGCAAGGGAGACUGACUGCAACUUCAUUGAGGAGAUCAAGCAGCCUGCCAUCAAACUAAUAGGGACCUAUUUCAUACAGGGAGCUCUGACUGUGUCCUACAUCUCCCUGCUGUCCAAUGUCGGGGAGAAUAUGUCUGCCUCCCUCAAGAUCCGCCUGUUUGACUCCCUCCUCAGACAGGACAUUCAGUUCUUUGACAGGCACAAGACAGGCGAACUAGUUGACAGGCUUACCUCAGAUGUCCAAGAUUUCAAGUCUUCAUUCAAACUGUGUAUAUCUCAGGGUCUGAGAGCUUUAACACAGACAAUUGGCUGUAUUGGUGCAUUAUGGGUGAUAUCUCCCAAGCUGACGGGCGUGAUGUGUGUGGUGAUUCCUGUCAUCAUCAGUAUUGGCUCUGUGAUGGGAGGGGGCCUCCGUAAACUCUCCAAGGCUGCGCAGGCACAGGUGUCAAGGUCAACCGCUGUUGCAGAUGAGGCACUUGGUAAUGUGAGGACAGUAAGAGCAUUUGCCAUGGAGGAAAAAGAACAUGAACUGUUUUCUGAUGAGGUGAACAAGGCUCGGGUAUUAAACAUUCGACUUGGUCUCGGCAUUGGGAUGUUCCAGGGACUGGCCAACAUUGCUCUUAACGGUAUUGUGUUGGGCACGAUGUUUGUAGGGGGCCUGUUUAUGUCACGUCAGGAAAUCACAGCUGGUGACCUGAUGUCCUUCCUGGUCGCAACACAGACUGUCGAGAGGUCCCUUGCCCAGAUGUCCGUGUUGUUUGGACAGUUGGUGAGGGGCCUCAGUGCAGGGGCCCGUGUGUUUGAGUACAUCAACCAUGACUUCAGCAUUCCACUGAAAGGGGGCGUGAAGGUUCCUUACCAUAGUCUCGAGGGAGAAAUAAAGUUCUCUGAUGUCCACUUCACAUAUCCAACUAGGCAAGACCAGGAGGUGCUGAAGGGGUUCAGCUUGAGGAUUCCACCUGGGAAAACUGUAGCUUUGGUUGGGGCCUCAGGAGGAGGCAAGUCGACUAUUGCCACCCUGCUACAGAGGUUCUAUGACACGGACGGGGGAUCGAUCACUGUCGAUGGUAUCGACAUCCGUGACCUCGAUCCCAGCUGGCUUCGGGGACACGCUAUAGGUUUUAUAAACCAGGAGCCGGUGUUGUUUGCUACAUCUGUGAUGGAGAAUAUACGCUAUGGAAAACCAGAUGCCACCGAUACUGAGGUAAUGGAGGCUGCACAGUUGGCGAAUGCCCAUACAUUCAUUGAGGGGUUUCCUGAGGGCUACAAGACUGUCCUAGGGGAAAGGGGCCAGACAGUCUCAGGGGGGCAGAAACAGAGGAUUGCUAUCGCCCGAGCUCUCAUAAAGAACCCAUCAAUACUGGUCCUGGAUGAGGCAACUAGUGCCUUGGAUGCAGAGUCAGAGCGGGUCGUGCAGGAGGCUUUAGACACGGUCUCCAGAGGUAGGACUGUGUUGGUAAUAGCCCACCGUCUCAGCACAAUCAGAGAUGCAGACAUCAUUGCCGUUGUAUCCAAGGGCAAGAUUGUGGAGAUGGGCGAUCACACAAGCCUCAAGAGGAAGAAAGGCCUUUACUGGGAGCUCAUCAGACAACAGGAAUUGGAGGAGGAGAUCCAACAUUUCCCCGCAUAACUUGCCAACAUUAAUCAAAUCAGAAUAUAUCAGAAUAUAUUUAUUUAUUUUCAGUUUUAUUUUCAUAAAAUCUUAUAUAUUAAUGUCUGAUUUGUUCUUAAUGGCCGUCAUUGGAGGUAUAAAUGAUGAAAUAUA